CGAGAGGAAGAUCCUGCAGGGCUGGUCUAGGGUCUAGCCUGGGCACUGGGCAAUAGUGCUGGAAUCUGGGAGCUGAGGGGAUGCGCAGGCACGGGUGUGUUAUCUUGGGGGUGUGGGCACGCACCUCUGAGGGAGUGGUGUGAGCCUCAGCUGUGAACCCCAGUGUUAUGUGGGUGCAAGGCUUGGCCUUUCUAUGUUAGGAUUGUUGCGGGUGGGGACAGGUUCAGCGUUGGUUGAAAUCGCGGUAUUGUUAGGAGCUCGCUAGUGCUCUAAGUGCCCACGAAGGUGUGGCUUAAGUGAGGAGACUUUUAGGGGUGUGAUAUUUACUAGGUGUUGGGGUCGGACUGUCUAGGUCUAUGUGCCGCUGUGCCGCUGGAGUUUGUUUGUUUGUUUGUUUGUUUUGGUGUUUUGGGGAGCUGGUGGUCUUUGGGUCCUACCACUCCUCAACUUUGCUGGAAUGUGGUCAGGGCCCCCUGCCCCAGCCAAGUAAGUCCAGGUUUCACUGAGUGUCAGGUGGCUGUGUUGACCCAUUCUUAGGGUCUCAGUUUAGUGUUCCCCACUCCAAGUUAGGGCUUUGGAAAGGAGGCGGUCAAACUGGGACCCAUUACUCAAGUUUUUUUUAAAGCAUCCAAAGACUUAGUGACUGCAAGCACUUUUAAAUUGCAUUUUACUGUUUUGUUAAGGAGAAAUUUCAAACAGAUGGAAAGAUAAAAACUCCAAAGACCUGUCACUCAGAUCCAACACUUGCCACCUUGUGGCUAACCACGAUUCAUCUCAAAGUGAACACACUAAGAAUCCUUACAACCCUAAAGACUCUGGUCUUCACAGCAGUGUUUCACAAGCUGUCACUUCACAGUUUUGUCACCUUGGCGAGGGCCUCAUCUCAUCGAGUCUCCAGUCUCAUGUGUGAAAUGAUAGUAGCAGCUACCCUGAGUUGUUGUAAGGCUAGCAUGAAGGCUGCCUGGAACAGUCUCUGGAAUGUUCCAAGUGUCCAGCAGGUCCAUUUCCAAUGCCUUUAAGGAAGAAGAGGUGCAGUGCCCUACUGGAGCUUGAGGAUUUCCAAGGACUUUGCUGAACCUUUUGUUUGUUUGUUUGUUUUUUGAUUGUUUUGUUCUUGUGCUUCCCAUGAGCCCUGGCUGCCUACAGUACCUCCUGCCGGGGAGGAUGCUUUUGGGUUCCUGACUGCCCAGCGUCAGAUGUACUUUCAAGAUACCGUCCUCCUUUGGGGAGGCUGGGAAGGUGGCUCCAGGGUCCCAGAGAGCCGAGGGAAUAGUGGUGCACAUGGCAUUCAGAGAUGUGGCUGUGGAUUUCUCCCAGGAGGAGUGGAGCCUGCUGAACCCUGCUCAGAGGUCCCUGUACAAAGAGGUGAUGUUGGAGAACUACAGCAACCUGGUCUCUCUGGGAAUCCCAUUUUCAAAACCAAAACUCAUCACCCAGCUAGAGCAAGGGAAAGAAACAUGGCAAGAGGAGAGAACAUGUCCACAGGUGGCCUGCCAAGCACAGGCAAAGCGGGAACUCUGCCCCGGUCCUGUCUGCCCUCCAGAUCUCACCAAUCAGAAACUCCCUGUGCAGCACGUGCUGAGUGAUCGCGCCCCAUGGAUCGUCACACGCCUAUGUGACCCAGGGGGCUUCUGUCAUGGGGCCCAGGAGAAGCAGCAGGGAGUCUCUGAUAAGAGCUCCUGCAGAGAGAAAUCAGAAGGUGGAGAGAGAGAAGGUGCCAGGCCUCCAUCUAGAAGGACAAAGAAAAGGAGUUUGGGAGCCCGCUGCAGGCCACCCCAAAGGCAGCCCCCAGUCAGCUCUCGGAAUGGCAUCAGAUGGGUAGGGGUGGAGGCCAGUUCAGCUCAAGCUGGGAGCACGGAAGAGCCCGAGAAGUUGCUGAAGCAGAUAGAAGCCUUGGGAUUUGGAACGGUCAACUGCGGAGAGUGUGGGCUGGGCUUCCGCAAGAUGACGAACCUGCUUAGUCACCAGAGAGUCCAUUCAGGGGAGAAGCCAUAUGUGUGUGGGGUGUGUGAGAAGGGCUUCAGUCUGAAGAAGAGCCUUGCCAGACACCAGAAGGCACACUCUGGGGAAAAACCCGUGGUGUGCAGGGAGUGUGGGCGGGGUUUUAACCGGAAGUCGACACUCAUCAUUCAUGAGCGGACGCACUCGGGCGAGAAGCCUUACAUGUGCGGUGAGUGUGGACGAGGCUUUAGCCAGAAGUCAAACCUCAUCAUCCAUCAGAGGACACAUUCAGGGGAGAAGCCGUAUGUGUGCAGGGAGUGUGGCAAAGGCUUCAGCCAGAAGUCAGCUGUUGUGAGGCACCAGAGGACGCACUUGGAGGAGAAGACCAUUGUGUGCGGUGACUGUGGCCUUGGCUUCAGCGACAGGUCAAACCUCAUCUCCCACCAGCGGACGCACUCAGGGGAGAAGCCUUAUGCCUGCCAGGAGUGCGGGCGGUGCUUCAGGCAGAGGACAACCCUUGUCAAUCACCAGAGGACUCACUCAAAGGAGAAGCCUUACGUGUGUGGUGUCUGCGGGCACAGCUUUAGCCAGAAUUCAACCCUCAUUUCUCACAGGAGGACGCACACUGGGGAGAAGCCAUACGUGUGUGGGGUGUGUGGGCGAGGCUUUAGUUUGAAGUCGCACCUCAACAGACACCAGAACAUCCACUCAGGGGAGAAGCCUAUUGUGUGCAAGGAUUGCGGCCGAGGCUUCAGCCAGCAGUCAAAUCUCAUCCGGCACCAGAGGACGCACUCCGGGGAGAAGCCCAUGGUGUGUGAGGAGUGUGGACGAGGCUUCAGCCAGAAGUCAAACCUCAUCGCACACCAGAGGACGCACUCGGGGGAAAAGCCGUACGUGUGCCGAGACUGUGGGCGAGGCUUCAGUCACCAGGCUGGGCUCAUCCGACACAAGAGGAAGCAUUCGAGGGAGAAGCCAUACGUGUGCAGGCAGUGUGGCCUGGGUUUUACCAACAAGUCAGCUCUGAUCACACAUAAGCGGGCCCACUUGGAAGAGAAGCUUCGUGUGUGCAGGGAGUGUGGUCAAAGCUUCGUCCAGAAGUCACACCUCACCUCGCAUCAGAUGGCACACAAGAGGGAGGAGACUCACACAUGCAGGACCUGUGGGCAAGGCUUUAGGCAAAGGUCUCACCUUAGCAGACACAGGAAGAUGAAAUGUGCCCACCACCAACUGCCCCUGCAGCCUGACUCUGAAGCCUAUUUGGGGCAGCCGUCUGACCCUUUCUGUUCCCUUUGAAAAUGAAGAUUUUCAAAGAAAGGAUUCAUUGUCCGAACUCUUACACUUCCAUGAAGUAGGAAAAUGGACUUCAUAAGACCCGUGGACAGUGACUCAGCCUACUUCCUUUCCAGUCUCAUGUCGUGUGGCCUUUUGUCUAGUAAACUUGGCUUCUUUACAAGUCUGCAACCUGACCUGUGAUUCUCAUUCUCUUGGGAAGUGGACCAUUCAGGCAUCGUGAACUCACUGUUCACAAAAGAUCCAUUGCUUGGAUGACAAGGGCACAGCUGCAAGGCUGUUAAGGCUUCGGAAAGAUUAAAUGUGUGGCUCAGCAACCACGCCAGGUGCUUUCAGGGACUAUCAAGGCAGUCAGUCAUUCCACAACAUUUUGAUACUUCAAUCCACUUUGUGGAUGUGGUUUUAUCUAAUGGAAUGCAAUUCCAUUAAAAGUAUUGGAAACCCAAUAGCAAUACCAACUGAGAAAUGUGAUUUUCUUUUUCAUCCAAAUUCACUCCAAAAGUUGUUUUUAUACCUCAAUGUGCAUACCCGAUUUUUAUAAGAUGGCCCAGAAAUGCAGUUAGGUUUUUCUUUUCUUUUUGAUUUUAUGUAGUUAGGUGGUUUGCCUGCAUGUAUCACAUGCAUGCUUGAGCCUCUGGAGGCCAGAACUUAAAGCAACAUCAGAUGCCUUAUAACUGGAGUUGCAGAUGGUUGUGCAUCACCACGUGGGUGCUGGGAACUGAACCUGGUUCUCUGCAGGAGCAGCCAUUGCACUUUGCCUCCAAGCCAUGGCCUCAGUCCCCAAGCGCAGUUUUUCAUCCAAAUUUGCAUACUAGGAUUAUCUAGAUACAAUAGCUUACUAUAUUUUCCUUCCAAAAUGCUCCUGAAACUAGAAUUUUUUCAUCCAAAUCCAUUAGUUCUUGUAGUCUUUAGGAAAUAAUUGUGCCAGAUUUAAAGGAAGUGACUCAGGUAUGUGAUUUUUUUUUUUCCUUAGGUUUUUCAAGUGUUCAUAAAUGAUGUGCUACAUUAUUUACAAACUA